AUGACAACGAAUCGAGCGAGCACAUCGAAAUUGAAUGUAAGUUUAGGAGGGUUGUGAGAGAGCUUUGAAAAACAAACUUAUCUUCAAAAGUUUUUAUUUUUUCUGUUCUCUUCAAAAUAAGCGAUUUCAGAGUUUCAAAGAUCUUGUCGAAAUUGGUCGCGGCGGUUUCGGCGUUGUCUAUUCGGCCAAACGGGAAAAUGGUGAGAAGGUGGCACUGAAGAAAAUCGAUGGGCGAGUCUCAAAAGAUCGUGUAUGGAAUGAGAUUAAAUCAAUGAGAUCACUCAAACAUCGUAAUAUUGUGGAAUUCUACGAAGAUUUUGUUGAUGGAAAUGAUACGUAUGUUGUAAUGGAGCUAUGCGAAUUUGGAAGUCUUCGAACGUAUGUGAAAAAUAAUGGUGGAAUCGAUGAAGAAAAAGCGGCGCAUGUUCUAAGACAAUUAAUUUCUGCAGUCACUUUUAUGCAUCGAAGGGGAGUUUUACAUAGAGAUUUAUCUGCGGGCAAUGUUUUCAUAAAAUCAAUACGAAGAGGUGCGCUAAUUGUGAAACUCGGGGAUUUUGGACUGGCUACAAAUCUGCGACACGGUGAAACUGCUUGCACAAUUGUUGGAACUCCCGGAUACAUUGCUCCUCAAGUUUUCAAUCAAGACUACGAUCAAAGUGCCGAUGUAUUCUCUUUGGGAGGUGUUUUAUAUACAAUGUUAACUGCAAGAGAUCCUCCAAGUAAGGGGCAUUUGUCAUUGAAUGGAUUGAGUCGAAACGCAGCAGAUUUAGUGGAAAAAAUGAUGCAUAUUGAUGCAAGAAAACGAAUUUCUCUGGCAGAAAUUGCGAUGAGCGAUUUUAUGAGAGAUUUGGAAGAUCCUGGAGGCACAGAAUCAUAUGCACGAUCUAUUGAAAGAAGAUCUAGAGAUGUAAGAUCAUCUAGUCAACCGCCACCAAUUCGAAGACUUAGUAUAAGUAAUCGCAAUAUUUCUGAAGUAAAACCAUUAGGCAUUUCUGAAAGAAUGAAACAAAAUGAUGAAAAUUGGCCGAUGGAUAUGGAAAGAUGUGGAGGACAACGGGUCAAAACUGCCGGAGGAAGGGUUCGUUUUUUUUUGUGUCAAAAAUUAUCUAGUCCAAUUGUUUUUAUUCCAGUACAUAGUCGAAUCCGACAAUCGAUCUCGUUUUGAAGUUGCUGCAAAGGGUGAUGUUAUUCAUCGAAUAUUGGUGGUUGAAUGUGAUUCGCUGCGAAAAUCGCAGAAAGUAUUUGUUCAUAAAAUUGCCGAAAGACGUGAAAGAUGUCGCGAGGAAAGUGAGGAUUUGAUUGAUUUGACAACAUCACCAAGUGUAUUCGGAAGGUGA